AUGGACCUGGACGAGUCUCCGAGAAAGGCGGAGGACGAGCUCCUCGAGGAUGAGAAUGUGGAUAACAGCCCCCCAGCGCUUGAUGACGAUGGUGAUAUGGGGCUGUUUGGGUCUGGCUCCGAAGAGGAAGAAGAAGAUAUGAGCAGACAUGAAAGACGCCGGAAGCUCGAUGACGUUGAACUGGACUCGGGAGACGAUGAAGGACGCUACGACAGGGCCGGGUCGCCCAUGGAGGAGGAUGGCAUGGAGUACGGCGGGACGUUGAAUAUCAUGGACCUGAGUCUAGGACGUGCUCCGGAACCAGAGCCUACUGACGGACAGGUUUUUAAUUGCGCUAUACCCAACUUUCUCUCCAUAGAGUCUGAAGACUUUAACCCUGAAACAUACGUUGCGCCUCCAUUUUCAUCCGCCUCUACCUCCCUAUGCUGGAGGACAAGUCCAGACGGAAGCGAACUCCAGUCCAAUGCCAGGAUAAUACGCUGGUCAGAUGGCUCGCUGACUCUCCAGCUUGCUUCAAACCCUACCGAGCAGUACAGGAUAUCUUCAAAGCCUCUCGCGCAAGCCAGCAGGCCCGGCAAGCGCGAGGAGUACGAUCCAGACUUAGAUGCGCAUACAUACCUCGGCGUUGCGUCUGAGGCAUCGUCAGUCAUCCGCCUUACUUCACGCAUCACCUCUUCCCUCAGUAUCCUUCCCUCAACAGUCGAAACAGACGACGCCGUCCAGAGAUUGCAGGAAUCGCUUGCGGCUGCUGCACGAAGCGGUAAGAAGACGGCCGAUGGGUCAGUUGCCAUCAUCGAGGUGAAGCAAGACCCCGAGCUUGCAAAGAAACAGGCAGAGCAGGCGGAACGAGAGAAACUCCGUGAAGCCCGUAAACGGCAAGCUGCAGUCGAACGUGAAGUCGACCGCGGCCGGCGAAGCACAGGCUUCCAACGGACGGGAGCAGGCCUUACGAUCGCCGAUCUCGAGGGAGACGAGGAUAUGGCUAUAACCAAGUCCCGUGGCGGGGCGAAGAGACCGGCUCGCAAACCACGGCGUCGUGAUGACAUAUAUUCCGAUGAAGAAGACGACUAUGACCGGAGAGGCCGGACGCGUGAAGACGAGUACGAUGAAGACGACGGUUUCCUGGUCGGUAGUGAUGAGGAGCCUGAGGUCGAAGAGGACGAGGAAGAAGAAGAGAUGGAGGUCGAGGAAAUGGAUGCCGAGGGUGAGAUUGAUGAUGAUGUCCCACCUGCUAAAUCGACCGGUAAAGCCUCCAGGCCUUCUGGGGAUGAGAGUGAGUCACCAGGUCAAAAGGGGGCUUCACCUCAGGCGCGAAAGAAACACAGAUACGUUGUUGAUGAUGACGAUGACGAGUGA